AUGGUCCCAGGUAAGACGAUAAAUGUUUCCUGAAGUUGUCUGCGGUGUUUAAAUAUAAUUACAAUAGGAGAGAUAAAAUGAAUAUCAGCACAGCUGUUUUUCAGUCAUGGGGUUUAGGCUCAGAGAUAGAAAUUCACAGCCGUCAUUUAAUACAGUAAUUUCAAAGCGGGAUAAGGUUGUGAAAAUGAUCUUUACCAACAGACGACUUGUUUUUGCCUAUAAUCUUUAAAUCUGUGCUUUUUAACUCCAACAAGGACUGAUCGAACUGUAACUUAACAAACUGAUUGAUGUCGACUAUUUUUAUGGCUUUCUUAGAAAUGGAAAAAAUCUGGUUCACAUCUAGUGCUGUGUCUAGGUUUCCCUAUCCACCUUAUUCCCAGCCCUCAUGAUGCCUUGCAUGGAUUUUGGGUGCAUCUUCUGGUGCAUUCUAUCACUGGACAUGUAACCAGCAUUUUCCAUGGUAACUGUACACUAACUGUGAUUAUUAGAGCGAUCGAAGAUUAAAAAAAUGUGGUAACAUCGUCUGUCAUACCUUAAACGGGACAAUGGUAUCAUUCCGCUGUCCCCCUCUAUCCUAGGGUGGGAGGAUGAUAUAAAGAAGAGGCCUCAAAUAAUGUAAACCAGCAUAUUUAGCUACUUUGUUAGCUCUGUUGCUGUAGAUGAGGCGGCUGAGACUUUUCAGUACUUGAAGAGUUACAAGGUUGAUUGUCUUUCGGUAAUAGAGGUUGGACACUGUCUUAUGUUCUUGAAAGCAAAUGUAGAGGUGAGUCAGAGCCUCACUAUCCCACAUCAUUGUGCCCAGGUUUUAGCAUCAACUCCAGGUGAAAUACACACAGCUGGCUGCUCAUGUACUGAAGGACCGGGAUGGUCCUGCAGCCAUGCAGCUGAAAUACUGAGGAAGGUGUGUUGGUAUUUGGUCAGAUUUUCUCAUGUUUUAAUAACAAAAUUAUUAAAUAACAAAUUUAAAUCACUGCGACUGUUUUUUUUUAAAUCAUGGGUAGUUUUCUAAUGUAGGUGUACUAUAUGGGUUUUCAUCCAUCUGCCUUUUAUUGACCAAAUGAAAUAAACAGGCAUACAGAGUCCUUGGUGGUUUCUUCUGGUUUGGGUUUUUCAGCCAGUCCUUUUUUCUCUUCCUCGGAAGACAGAUGAUGAAAUUAGUUGCAAGGGUCACAGGAACACGCCUUCUUUGAUUUGAGUGCUCCUCAAGCCAUAAACUCUACUUUGUCUGGUUGUUAGUACAACCGCGGAUGGUGCUGUAUGUACCAGAACUACAUAAAGACAUUUCCAAAUUUGUUACACACAAUAGAACUUAGAGUACGUUUAAAACGAGGUGGUAUGAGGUAUUUUAGAUUUGAAGCAACUGCUAACGAUACUCAGUCACUAAGAUUAGCCACUGUGAGAAACCACAUUACAUUAGCAACCUCAGGAAUAAGGUGGAUAGGCUGGAACACGACACAUGUAAACCUUAACCACUCCUUCAGACGUAAUAUUCAGCUUGGUUGCUGCACUCUGUCAUUUAUAUCGUGGUUAAAAAACCUCUCUGACAUACAUGUUAGCUCUUGUGAUAUCCGUACAUUCAGAAUGUGAGUUCUAUUAAUCAGAAGCAGAGAGCCAGACUUUGGUUAAGUGGGGUGGCUGUGCUCCUUAUUCACACCUUAACCUCGGUCCAGUGUUGUGGUUUUAAAAACAUCACGCCAUGAUAUCUCAGAUAUUCCUUCCUGUCCACAGCAUCCUGGAGGAAAUUCUUUGUCAACCUGUCAGGAAGAACUGAUGGGGCUCAUUCUUCUCUGGUGGAAAAACUGAAAUUGAUCGGCCAAACUGAGGUGUUUUCUCUUGAGGAGAGCGACUACGUUCUGUUGUUCUGUCCAGUCACUACGAAAGCAAAAACGGACAUCAGUGAGGCCCUGAAGAGUGUUCCAGGUAGGCAAUGGAUUUAUCCAAAACAAGACAUAUCAAUCAAACGGCUCAAGCUACUUUGUUGUUUACUUUUACAAGUCAUUUUAAGUCUUCUCUUUUAAACUUUUAGCACCUGUCCACAACGCCAGAAUUUACUGCCAAAUGGUUUUCUGGAUUCACAUUGCUUUGCUUGAUUGGCCAAAGUUAUGAAUAAUUCACAUUUAACCACCAUUUGCCAGUUAUAUGGACUACAGGUUGAGAAAAAACAAACAGCUGUACGUUUACGUUUUCAUUGUGAUGUCGCCGUUUUACAGGUAAUAAACCAGUAGUACUGGUGGUGCUGCAUCACACCUUAAAUCAUAACUACAGUGUGGAUAAGAGCGAGAAACUGGUAAACAACCAAAACGUCCACCUGGUUGUGGACUGUCUCUUCCAUGAUGGACGCCUGCUGGACUGUGACCGCAACGUUAGCGCAUGGAGUGAAAUUACCAAGCUGCUGGCAAUCUGCACUACUCAGGUAAAACCUGGAUGUAAAAUAGUAAAUACAGAGAGCUCUGACAAGGGUGUCGCCAGGAAUUCUGGACACCCUAAAAUGAUGUCACUAUUGACCCAGACAUUGCUGGAGGAGUUUUCAGUCGUUAUAUCUUUGUGUUUUUGCCCCAAAGUUGGAGAUCAAUAA